AUGAGUGCUGGCCGAGCGUCUGAGGGAGCGGGCUGCGUCACCUGGUGGGGCUUCAGUCCCGCACGGGACUUACUCCGGACAGGUCCUGCGAGAUAUGAAGGAGAUGUCAACGUUUUACUGGUUGGCAGUGGAGAUCCAAGACAUAUUUUGAAGACCAUUGCUGGUUUGCAGGAAAAGCAAAGUCUUCAUGUGUACGUGAUAGAGAACAGCAUGGAGUUGGUUGCUAGGCAGCUGCUGCUCCUCUACCUGGCACUGAUUCCACAGGAAAUCAUGGGAAUUAAUGAGAAGACUGAAGUUUUUUUGGAAGUGUUUGGGAACGGUGAGAUCCGUAGUCAGACAGAGGAAAUAUUGCAACAAGCAGCAUCACACCUCUCUCUGUUUGUUACUGAAAUGCUGGAGGUGUCUGCACAUGCCUGCCUGAACACAACUUUUCUAAAGUUUAAGGAGCGAGAUGAACUAGCAAGGAUAUUCAAGUUGUGGACUCAACCAUCCUCAUCUGAGCAUCCAGCUCUUAUCUUGAUGUCCAAAGCCUGGGAUUAUCGCCUCAGACAGCAUCUGGGCACACGUUACGACUCCAGGGAGGGCUGCUUCGACUGGGACCUUACAAUGAAGCUGUAUGAGAAAGGGUGUCAAGUCAUUAACAAACGGCAAUAUGUGCAAUGGAGAGAGCGGGGUUUGGCGUUUGAAAUGAGGGAAGGGGUCUACCAAAUAACCAAUCCAACUUUACUGUCUUCAAGAGUGUUUGGGCAGAGAGGAGAAAAGGUGGCUGUCAGAGGCUAUUGGGGAGAUAUCGCUUCCAGUCCUUAUCUCUCUUUUGGCAUUGAAACCGAUGACGAGAGCCUGCUGAAGACACAGAAUGGGCAACACGUCAAGACAGCCCAGGAUAUCUCCUUUGCAAAUGUGCAGGGAUUGUUCCAGUCCCUCUCCAGCAGACGGGGCUGCCUCACUGUUUCUCAGUCAGGCACAGAGACAAAGAAUCCAACCACACAGGCUGGCCAGAAAUCUGCCAGGAUUAAUGAUUUAAUGCAAUUAAAUGGGGUCUCUGUGACAUUCCUGUCUUUAGACUCCCUUCAGAAACUUCCAGAGAAACAGAAAUACUCCCACUACUUUCACACAAUUUACCUCUCUGCCAGCUGUGUGCACCAGUUGGACCGCACCAUGAGACAGAUUGCUGCACCAGACGCUGUGGUUGUCAUAGAGUUGGCCAAGUACAUUCUGGAUCUGAACAAAGAGCAAGAAGCAGGCUUUGCAACAAAAGUGGCAAGCAUGGCUCUGGAGAUGGGCUUUGAACAUUUGCAUGAGAGCAACAGCGAUGACGUUCAUGCAGUUUUCACACAAAAGAAGAGGUGAAGGUUUAUUUGAUCACAGCUGUUUAUUAGUCUCCUUUUGCUAUGAAAUUGUUUCUGAAAAAUACA